AUGCAGAAGAUUCUGUGCAAGAGUUCUACUGUUUCAAACCCUGUUCUCUCUACUCCGGUUAGCUCUUUCGCCGCCGGUUUUAUCUCUCUUCAACCUUUCGUCAGUCCUACUUUUCUCUCUUCCUCACCGGCCAAACCUUUCUCUACUUCAGCUAUGCCGAUGAAGACAGCUUCAAUUUCUACCGGAGGUAGCACCGUCUUCUCUGCUUACUUACAGAGAAACCCUUUUCUCAGAAAACCGGUGAGGUCGCUCCGAUUCUCCACCGCUUGUUAUCCAUCUUGCCGGUGCGAAAUCGACGGUAGAAUCCGUAGUACGAGCCGGGCUUGGGUUGGUCGAAGCGGGUCGUGGCGUUCUUUGUUCUACUCUGAGUCUAAUGGUGGUGGUUCAAGCACUGUUAAUGCUGCUGGUGGAGCAGUCGUUGAAGGCUCUGACGGUGAAGAUGACGACGACGGUGAGAAAGAUGAAAAACCGGUGAGGAUGAGCCGGAGAAAUCGUGGUGAGUUAGCUGGUAAUCCAGAUUUGCUUAAGAUUCCUGGAGUGGGUUUAAGGAAUCAGAGAAAGCUUGUUGAUAAUGGAAUUGGAGAUGUUGCUGAGCUUAAGAAACUCUACAAAGAUAAGUUCUGGAAAGCAAGUCAUAAGAUGGUUGAUUAUCUUCGUAGCUCUGUUGGGAUUAUACAUAGAAACCAUGCGGAGAGUAUAACAACGUUUAUCAAAGAGAGUGUAGAUGAUGAGCUUAAGGAUUCUGGUUCUGACCCUAGUUUGAAUGCGAAGAAACGUUUGACUUUCUGUGUUGAAGGGAACAUUAGUGUUGGUAAAUCGACUUUUCUUCAGAGAAUAGCGAAUGAAACCAUUGAGCUACGUGACCUUGUUGAGAUUGUUCCUGAGCCAGUUGCUAAGUGGCAAGAUAUUGGACCUGACCAUUUCAAUAUAUUGGAUGCUUUCUACUCUGAGCCUCAGAGGUAUGCUUAUACUUUCCAGAACUAUGUGUUCGUCACUCGCCUGAUGCAGGAGAAAGAGUCUGCUUCUGGAGUUAAACCUCUCAGGUUGAUGGAACGGAGUGUCUUCAGUGACAGAAUGGUGUUUGUGCGAGCGGUUCAUGAAGCGAAAUGGAUGAGCGAGAUGGAGAUAAGCAUCUAUGACUCUUGGUUUGAUCCGGUCGUCUCUGCUUUACCUGGACUUGUUCCUGAUGGGUUUAUAUACUUGAGGGCGAGUCCCGACACUUGCCAUAAACGAAUGAUGCUAAGGAAACGAGCAGAAGAAGGCGGAGUCUCGCUGAAAUACCUUCAGGAUCUGCACGAGAAGCAUGAGAGCUGGCUCCUCCCCUUUGAGAGUGGAGACCACGGGGUAUUGUCUGUUAGUAAACCGUCUUUACACAUGGACAACACUCUGCAUCCUGAUAUAAAAGACCGCGUCUUUUACUUGGAAGGAAAUCAUAUGCAUUCUAGUAUUCAGAAGGUCCCUGCUCUGGUUUUGGACUGUGAACCCAAUAUCGACUUCACCCACGAUAUUGAAGCUAAAAGACAAUACGCACGCCAGGUUGCUGAGUUCUUUGAAUUUGUGAAGAAGAAGCAAGAAACUUCACAAGGAAACAACAGUCAGUCGCCGGUGCUGAUGCCUCCUCAUAAUGGAGGUCUCUGGAUGGCACCAGGAAGCAAUCAUGUCCCAGGAUUAGAACUCCCGUCUCUGGAUAUCAGGAAGGCGAUGUCGCACUUGACCAGACCUCCUGUGUGA